UCUUUUUUCGCGCUUUCACCGGAUCCUAUACAUUGUGCCUUCAAGUUUUCGUUUCUUCUUUUUUGGCCUCUGUUGCAAAUCAUCACUGAUUCUUUGCUUCUGCAGUCGGCUCUUUCUCUCUCUCUCUACUCUCUCUCAUGGAGACUCUGCAGAUCAUCCCGUCAAGAACUGUUGGCCCCGGAUUGAGAGAAAACAGCGUUUCCAGUUCUUUUAGUAGUGUUAGGCAAGUGGGAUUUGCUUCGUUGUUGUUUAGGAACAGAAAGGUUCAAUCUUUUUGUAUUAGAGCAAGAUCAUUCACUGAGGAUAGAAAUGAGGAGGAUCUUAUCAGUAGAAGUAGUAAUAGUGCUCAAAAUGAGGAACGAGACGAGCUUCUUUUAUUGGGAACCGAGAGAGAUAGUUCUGGCUCCGUUGUUGGGUUUCAGUUGAUUCCGCACUCUGCAAUCAGCCAUGAGAAAAUCCUGGAAACUCGAGAAAUUGUAACUAAUUCAGUGGAUGAGCUGGCUGAAAACGUUGAAACAAGUGAUCAAGCUUCAACCAGGACAACCUACAAUGUCAUUUUUGUAACUGCUGAAGCAGCUCCAUAUUCAAAGACCGGAGGCUUGGGAGAUGUUUGUGGCUCUUUACCUAUAGCAAUGGCGGCACGGGGGCAUCGUGUAAUGGUUGUCUGUCCAAGAUAUUUGAAUGGAAGUCCAUCAGAUAAAGCAUAUGCCAAUGCUGUUGAACUGGAACAACGGAGCCAGAUCUAUUGUUUUGGUGGUGUGCAGGAGGUCGGAUUCUUUCAUGAAUUCAGGGCUGGAGUUGAUUGGGUCUUUAUUGACCACCUUUCAUACCAGCGACUGGGAACUCCAUAUGGCGAUACUUUUGGUGCUUUUGGUGAUAAUCAGUUCCGGUUCACUUUGCUUUGCCAUGCUGCUUGUGAAGCUCCUUUAGUGCUGCCACUAGGAGGAUUUAAUUAUGGAGAAAAGUGCCUCUUUUUGGCAAAUGAUUGGCAUGCUGGCCUAGUUCCUGUACUCUUAGCAGCCAAGUAUCGUCCAUGUGGUGUAUACAAGGAUGCUCGGAGUAUCAUUGUAAUACAUAACAUAGCCCAUCAAGGAGUAGAGCCCGCAGCUACAUAUAGGAAUCUGGGAGUGCCUGGUGGGUGGUAUAAGGCGCUGGAAUGGGUGUUUCCCCCCUGGGCAAGGACACAUGCUCUAGACCCUGGUGAAGCCGUCAAUGUUUUGAAAGCUGCAAUUGUCACAUCGGACAGGAUAGUGACGGUUAGCCAGGGUUACUCCUGGGAAAUAACAACGCCUGAGGGUGGAUAUGGGUUACAUGAGCUCUUGAGCAGUCGUAGUACAGUUUUAACUGGAAUCACAAACGGAAUUGAUUGCAAUGAGUGGAAUCCAUCUAGAGAUGAGCAUAUUGCUUCUCAGUACUCUGUUCAUGACCUCUCAGGAAAGCUUGAAUGCAAGAUUUCACUGCAAAAAGAACUCGGCCUUCCCGUUCGAUCUGAUUGUCCUCUGAUUGGGUUUAUUGGGAGACUCGACUACCAGAAAGGCAUUGACAUUCUUCUUUCAGCUGUCCCAGAUCUAAUGCAUGAAGAUAUCCAACUUGUAAUGCUUGGGUCAGGAGAGAAACAAUAUGAAGACUGGAUGAGACAUUUAGAGGGCAUUUACAAAGACAAGUUCCGGGGUUGGGUUGGGUUCAAUGUUCCGAUUUCUCAUAGGAUUACGGCAGGCUGCGACAUACUGAUAAUGCCAUCAAGGUUCGAACCAUGUGGUCUAAAUCAGUUGUAUGCAAUGAGAUAUGGCACCAUUCCUGUUGUUCACCACACGGGGGGACUUAGAGACACUGUCCAGAAUUUCGACCCAUAUGCGAACGAAGGCAUUGGUGAAGGUACAGGGUGGACGUUUUCUCCUCUAACAAAAGAAAAUUUACUGGCAGCACUAAGAACAGCUGUUUGGACAUACAAAGAGCACAAGUCCUCUUGGGAAGGACUAAUGAAGCGUGGAAUGGAGAGGGACUUUUCAUGGGACAGCGCAGCAACUCAAUACGAGCAAGUUAUUGAGUGGGCUUUUAUCGACCCCCCUUAUGCUGGCUAAGCCAAGAGUGAACAAGAAGCAUCAGCAGCUGAGAGGGCCGCUUUUGCAAUAAAGCUCGUCAGACCAGAGCAAGACAUGCACAGAAAAGGCACGCCAUAUUGUCAAUGGUGAUCCUUGCAUGAAGUUCUUUUGCAGAAGUGCAAGACAUGAAAAGUUAUGUUCUUUCAUUCUUUGGGGUCUUGUAGACUUAAACGUGGAAUUCCUUCCAAUAUUAACUGAUUUAUUCUUUUCUUAGCCACUCUAUGGUCUUCUGUGUGCCGCUUGAGUGGACGCAGUGCACAAAACUUUCUGAGACCAACUCUGUUGCUCGAUGACGAUUUGAUUUCCCUGAUUUUGAUUUUUGUUUGGAUUGAACUUGACCAAGAUCGAAGUUAACUAGAUUACACAUGUAUAAGAAUUCCCAUAUUUGAUUUUGGCUUUUCAAAA